UUGUUCAACACCACACUGCUACACGAUUCUGCUAGCAACCCAUACUACCACUCCUCCAUCGUCCACUAACCUCACGUUCGACUAUCUGUUUGGACGCGGUUUUGGUCGCCUUCUCCAUGUCGUCAUCAAGCGAGCUCAGACGCGGCCUAGUCUCGACUGACACUACCAGCUAUGAACUGGAAUCUGGGGAGGACAAGAGAAAGAAAGUCUCCACGGAAAAAACACACCAGAAUGCAUUGAAACCCCAGGAUCCCGACGUCGUCGACUGGGAUGGUUCCACUGACCCAGCAAAUCCUCAGAACUGGGCGCCGGGAGCCAAAUUGACCCACGUGCUUCUUGUCAGCGCCUUUACUCUGUAUUCCAACUUGGCGGCAGUUAUGUUCGCUCCGGGAGCCGAGGACCUUGUCCGCGAGUUUGGCAUCACCAACAGCGUCGUUGCUGCCCUCACGGUCUCUAUUUACUUGUUAGGGUUUGCCCUUGGCCCCCUAGUCAUCAGCCCCAUGUCAGAAAUCUAUGGGCGACUGAUCAUCUACCAUAUCGGCAAUGCUGUAUAUAUCGCCUUUACCAUCGGCUGCGCACUAAGCACUAAUACUGCUAUGUUUCUGGUAUUUCGCCUGAUCUGUGGUAUUGCUGCUGCAUCCCCAAUGGCUAUAGGAGGUGGGACCAUUGCGGACAUCCAUCCACCGGACGAACGCGGGAAGGCGAUGGCGUUGUUCGGCCUUGGGCCACUUCUCGGCCCGGUUAUUGGUCCGGUGAUUGGAGGAUUUGUAACCCAGAACAUCGGCUGGCGCUGGACCUUCUGGCUAGUACUAAUCUUGACUAGCAUUAUCUCUCUAGCCGCCCUUGUUGUAAUGCGCGAGACCUACGAGCCAGUUCUUCUCGAGCGCAAGGCUACUGCACUGCGCAAGGCAACAGGGAACACCAGACUCCAGGCUCGAACGUACAACAAAAAUCUUACUCCAAAACAGCUUCUAGCACGCGCUGUAGUACGCCCCACGAAGAUGCUCCUCUUCUCGCCCAUUGUCCUCUUACUCUCUGUCUACAGUGCGUUUAUCUUUGGCCUUAUCUACCUACUCUUUACUACCUUCCCCGCUGUGUUUGAGGAGACAUACCAUUUCAGUCUCGGUAUUGCAGGACUCGCAUACCUCGGGCUCGGACUGGGCAUGCUUUUCGCUAUAGGUCUCUUUGGCGUGCUAAGCGACAAACUCCUCCACCAGCCUCGGGGCGGAACUGUUGAACGACCAGAGCUUCGCCUUAUACUGAUGAUUUUUGCUGCCCCCAUCAUGCCCAUCGGCUUCUUCUGGUAUGGAUGGAGCGCCGACCAACACACCCACUGGAUCGUACCUAUCUUGGGCACCUUUUUCAUAGGCUUUAGCAUGUUCCUGGUAAUGAUGCCCGUACAGAUCUACCUCGUAGACGCCUUUGGAUCCGAGGCCGCUGCCUCCGCUUUAGCAGCAAACACAGUCUUGCGCAACAUUGCGGGAGCAUUCUUGCCUCUUGCAGGACCUCAUUUAUACGCUAGUUUAGGACUUGGCUGGGGAAACAGCUUGUUAGCUUUUAUCGGCAUCCUGUUCACACCUAUUCCGGUCUUGUUUUACAAGUACGGCGAGUGGCUGAGGACUCGGUUUGCAGUGAACUACUGACGAGAUGUAUAUUUGUGAGAGGCAGCAUCACCACGAUCAGGUUAUUUUCUAUCUAGAAGGCCAGUAUUUCGCGAUUUCACAAUGAUGUGCUUGCCAGCGAAUUGGAAACAGAAACCAAUGGUAAAAGGUCAGAUAUCAUGUGCGGAUGGGCUCGAAACGAGCAAUUUAUGGGGUAUCACCCAUAUAUGGCGGAAAUUCAGUACCAAUAAGACUUGUUUCAGGGUCCGGUUAUAGCCUUCCCUCAUAAGAGAUGGUAUGGGCAUGUGGGAUUUCAUUAGGGGGGGUGUUUUUUUCCAAGCAGCUGGUGUAUCCUGGCUUGGGUUUUCCAACCCGUAAAUGGGGACUGGGUAGCUCGAAUAGAUGGCGAUAGACAAUCAUAGCAGGCAUAAAUGCAGUAUAUAUGAUUAAAACCCUAAAGAGAGGGAU